AUGACCACUGAAAUUAUCGGGUUACAUCACGCCGCAUAUCGUUGCCGAAACAGCGAAGAGACCAGGCAGUUCUACGAGGAAUUUUUAGAGUUGCCGCUGGUUGAAGCAUUUCCUAUCAACACCACAGCGACGGGACGCGCCGCUAACGUUCUGCAUAGCUUCUAUCAGAUGUCUAACGGCGGGUGCAUUGCUUUCUUCGAAGCCCCGGACCAACCUUUUGAGUUCAAGAAACAACAUGACUUCGACCUGCACAUUGCGUUGGAAGUACCGUAUCCAACUCUUGAGCGAAUGUUGCAGAAAGGCAAAGACCAGGGAUUCGAGGUUCGCGGACCCAGCGAUCACGGCUUCAUCCACUCAAUCUAUUUCCGCGAUCCCAAUGGUUAUGUUGUUGAAUUAACUGCGCCGGUAAAUAAGGACGGGGAAAGUGGUUUCGACCCAGCUGAGGCUCGCGCGCGGUUAGAUAGGUGGACCGCUGGCGAUCGAUAA